UCUGCUUUAUGAACUUACUCUUUUUUAACAUGUUUGUUUUUUAUCACAUUUGUCACUAUUUUUAUACACACUGAUUAGCCUAUCUGGUAAAAAAAUAAUACAUUUCUAGACACUUUGUGAUUGUAGACAGCAGAGUGUGGACGGGACUUUUAUUUUGGACUGGCGACAUGACGUCAUAAUGCUGCGCCGCGCUCCUGCGUCUGUUGUGAUUCGGCCGAAGAAAGAAUAACUUCCGGUGAAGCGACUGAGAUCCACAUGACACACUAUUGUAAAGAUGGCAUUUAUUAAAGAGGAGAGUGAAGACAUGAAGAUUGAAGAAACAUUCAUAGUGAAACAUGAAGAUACUGAGGAACAAACAGACCUGAUUGUGCUGAAAAAGGAGAGUGAAGUAUUAAAUGAAAUGGAAGAGAAAGAUCAAUAUAAGAAUCAUCCUGAUUUUAUAACUGGAGAAAAAACUUUUAGUUGCUCACAAAAAAAGGCUAAAAAGACAGAAACUAGAAGUAAUUUCACCUGCCAACAGUGUGGAAAGACUUUUAAUCAAAAAGCAAGCCUCAACAGACACAUGGGAGUUCAUGCUGGAGAGAAGCCUUUCACAUGCCAACAGUGUGGAAACAGAUUCACCCUAAAAAGAAGCCUUAACAGGCACAUGAAAAUUCACACUGGAGAGAGCCUUUUCACCUGCCAACAAUGUGGAAUAAGUUUCACUCAAAAACGAAACCUUAAAGCCCACAUGAGAAUUCACACUGGGGAGAGUCCUUUCAUCUGCCAACAGUGUGGAAACAGAUUCGCCCUAAAAAAAACCCUUAACAGGCACAUGAGGAUUCACACUGGAGAGAGGCCUUUCACAUGCCCUCAGUGUGGCAAGAGUUUUGCUCAAAAAAUUACCCUCAACAGACACAUGAGCAUUCAUGCUGGAGAGAAGCCAUUCACCUGCCAACAGUGUGGAAGAAGUUUCAACCGAAAAGGAAACCUUAAAUUCCACAUGACAAUUCACACUGAAGAGAAGCCUUUCACCUGCCAACAAUGUGGAAUAGGUUUCACUCAAAAAGAAAGUUUUAACACACACAUUAGAAUUCACACUAAAGAGAAGCCUUACACCUGUCAACAGUGUGGAAAGAGUUUUGAUCAACAUAAAAACUUUAAAGACCACAUGAGAAUUCACUCUGGAGAGAAACCAUACAUGUGCACUCAGUGUGGAAAGAGUUUCAAUCAAAAACGAAACUUUAAAGAUCACAUGAGAAUUCACAUUGGUAAUCAACCCUACACAUGUCCUCAGUGUGGAAAGAGUUUCAAUCAGAAACAACACUUUGUGGACCACAUAAGUAUUCACACCGGAGCGAAGCCUUUCACCUGCCAACAGUGUGGAAAAAGUUUCAACCGAAAAGGAAUCCUUAACAGACACAUGAGAGUUCACACUAGAGAGAAGCCGUUUACAUGUGGUCACUGUGGGAAAAGUUUUGGGUAUAAAAUAGCCCUUAAGUACCACAUGAUUAUUCACGUAUGAGCGAACUGUUUUUGUACAUUAUCAGUGUGGAAUUGAUUUCACAGACAAGAAACACCUCAUGUUUGAGAGACUGUAUAAUGUGCUGAUUAUUGUUAUGGUAGUAAAUCUCCUUAGAGGGCUGAAUUCCCUGUUAAUGUCCAGUGACUACAAGAGGAAUAAAUAAGCCAGAGUUAAGAAAUUAGAUUCAAUGUAUUGAUUAGUCAAAUAAAGAAUAAACUUGUUACAAUUUUACAUGUCAACAGAAGUCUAAAUCUGUAUCAAAUAAAAUACAUAAAACUGUGUAGGCCUUUGCACAGAUAGAGACGUGUUAUCUGACAAUAGCCACUUUUCCACUGCGAGCCAGGGCUUUUUAGUGGGCCAGGUGGGGCCAAUAGCCUUGGACCUGUUGGACCAAGCCCAAAGCCUCCGCUGUGUUUCCACCGUUGGGCCAGAAUCUCCGCAGUGCUUCCCUUAACACUCCUCUGAAACAACGUCACACAACCCCAUCAUUUCUCCAACAAAGGGAAGUUUUAUCAGACUAGAAACUAGCGAGAUUGUGAAAUGAACAUAAUAAAUGUUUGCCUUUUUGUUUUUUACUUAAAGAUUUAAAACCCAAGCAUCAAUGUUUUAACACAGUUUUACAAUAAAAAGUGAUACAUUGAUAAUAAUUAAUGUCUGUCAGGAUUGCACAGUCAUAAUACAGAAAUAGUGUUUUUUACUGUUAUUUCACAAAACAGAGAGGAUACAUACUUAUUCAGUCUUGUCUGUUCCUGUAUAUUUGCAUUCAAAGGAUAGCAUAAAACUCUGGGGUUUUAGUGGCUUUAGUAAUGGGAGCACAGGCAAACUUGAGCAGAAAACAAUGACAACUGAUUACAAGGCUUAAACAAGACAUGAAUGCAAUGAAAAUUGAUCCAGAAACAUAAAACAGAACUUAAACCAUUACAGAAUCCCGCCCUCCCGGAAGGUGCGUCCUCGUGCUGUAGUAAAUCCACUGGGGUGGGCGGGCGACCUGGAGGCUGACAAGGGGCGGAUUCAGGCGAACAGCCAGGCACCAGGGUGGUGCACGUAGUUCAGGGGGGCAUGGCGGAGCGGCCUCUGUGGCCUUGACCUGGGGGCUUUGCUUGGCCACUACGGCCGAGGACAUAUAUAUAGUAGCACCCCCCGCCCAAAAAUUUUUCUUGGGAGGAUCUAUCGGGUUGUGGAUUGGAGUGGGCUCUUGAGCUGGAGUAGACUCUGGAACGGGCUUUUGGGCUAGAGUCCUCACUGGACUCAAGACAGGAGCUGGAGUUCUCUCUGGACUCAUAACGGGGACAGGAGUGUGCUCUGGACGAUAGACAGGGGUUGGAGCUUUCACUGGACGACAGUCAGUGGCUGGUACAUUGGUUUCCUCCUCGCUCUCCACAAUGGUUAACUCCCUGAGGUCUGAAAAUGUGCCGGCGCGUUUUCAGGUUUUUUUUCACAUUGCAGCAAAACAGACUUAA